CGGAAGUCUCAUUUAGGUACCUUCUUUGCUUGCUGUCUAGGGUUUUGGCAAAUUUGCUGUAUCUUCUUCUCCUGUGCCUCCCUCAUUUGCAUCCUUCAUUGCAACCCACGAGUGAAGCUCAAUGAGCAACGACAAGGAUAAUCUCAAUAUGCAGGAUCUUAGCUCUGCUCUUAAUGAGGAUGAUCGAACAGACCUCGUCAAUGCUCUCAAGAAUAAGAUACAGAGUUUGGCUGGUCAGCACGCAGACGUUCUAGAGAGUCUAUCGCCCAAUGUCCGGAAGCGUGUUGAGUUUCUCAGAGGGAUUCAGAGUCAACACGAUGAAUUAGAGGCAAAGUAUUUUGAGGAGAGGGCAGCUCUAGAAGCAAAAUACCAAAAAUUGUAUCAACCUUUGUAUACAAAGCGCUAUGACAUUGUAAAUGGUGUUACGGAAGUUGAAGGAGUUGCAGAUGAAGCAGCAGCUAGUACAGAAGAGGAGAAAGAGAAAGGUGUACCUGCUUUCUGGCUCACUGCAAUGAAAAAUAAUGAAGUGUUAGCUGAGGAGAUUUCUGAGCGAGAUGAAGGUGCUCUCAAGUUUCUUAAAGACAUUAAGUGGAGCCGGAAUGAAAACCCUAAAGGAUUUAAGCUGGAGUUUUUCUUUGAUACCAAUCCUUAUUUUAAGAAUUCUGUCUUGACCAAAACUUAUCAUAUGAUUGAUGAGGAUGAACCUAUACUGGAGAAAGCAACUGGGACGGAAAUUGAAUGGUAUCCAGGAAAGUGCUUGACGCAGAAGCUGCUUAAGAAAAAGCCUAAGAAGGGUGCAAAGAAUGCUAAACCAAUCACCAAAACUGAAAAUUGUGAAAGUUUCUUUAAUUUUUUCAAUCCACCACAAGUUCCUGAAGAUGAUGAAGAUAUUGACGAAGAUAUGGCUGAAGAACUUCAGAACCAGAUGGAACAAGAUUAUGACAUUGGGUCAACAAUAAGAGACAAGAUUAUCCCCCAUGCUGUUUCGUGGUUUACUGGGGAGGCCAUUCAAGGAGAGGAGUUUGGAGACAUAGAGGAUGAUGAGGAUGAUGAUGAAGACACUGAGGAGGAGGAUGAUGAAGAGGAGGAGGAUGAAGAUGAUGAUGAGGAUGAGGAUGAGGAAGAGCAAAAGAGUAAAAAGAAGUCAUCAGCACACAAGAAGAGUGGAAGAGCGCAGGUAGGUGGUCAGACGGGUGAGCAACCUCCAGAGUGCAAGCAGCAGUAGCGGAGGUUGUUUUGUUGAGUUUGUAGCUGUGUUUAGGUGCCUGAAUGAAUGCUGCUGGGUCAAAAAAUGGGUGCAAGUGAAGCAGUUUUUGAUGGUUAUUUAUUCAUUCUUCUCUCUUAAUCUUAUAUGAUCUGAGUGGUUUUGAGAGUUGCCUUCUUUUUCCCCAAUCUCUCUGCAGAGAAUGUGGUUAGAUAUAGUUAGGGAUGUUGUGAUUUCUCAAUGCUUGAAUUUGUAUCUCAGACACUACGGUUAAUUAUAUAUAUUGUGUCUUUUAGUCUUUACAGCUCCAAA